AUGGCAGAAAAUAAUCCAAAAGAAACGUUUAUAUUACAUGAUGAACCACCUUAUGCUAAUGGAAAUUUACACAUAGACAUUAUAAAUCGUUAUAAAGUAUUACAUGGAUAUAAAGUAAAGAUGAGAUUGUCAAUUGAAUUAAAAGCUUUAAAGGAAUUAAGAGGCAUUGAUAAAUCAUCAUUGACACCAUUACAAAUUCGUGAUGUAGCAAAAAAAAGUGCUUUAGAAGCAUUAGAAAUUCAAGGAAAAGAAUUUAUUAACAAUGAAUAUGAAGUUAGACAGCUACAGGUGUUUCAUAACAUGAUGAAGAAAGGAUAUAUUCACAGGCAAAAUAAACCUGUACAUUGGUUUCCUUCUUCAAGCAACCAAAAGGUUGGAUGCAUUACAAAAAAUUCUUGGAACAGAAUUGAACUGAAUAUCAAAUUUACAUUUAAAGGUCAGCAACUUAUUGGAACGACUUAUAUACUUCCAAUAAGGGGAAAACAAUGUAAGAUUAUUGAUGUUUAUCACAUUACCAAAGAAUCUGGGUUAGUUCAUAUAGCACCAGAUCAUGGAAUGGAAGAUUAUGAAGCUUGUAAAAAUCCACCAUUUUGUCCUGUUGAUGAAUUUGGAGAUAAACAGAUGGAAUCCAUUAAAUUACUUGAGGAUGUUAAAAUGGUACCUAAAUCUGCACAAUAUCGAUUAGAACAAUUCACUUUAUCACGAAGUGAAUGGUGUAUUUCACAUCAAAGAUCUUGGGGAGUUCUUAUCCCCAUUUUUUAUGAAUCAGAAACAGAUGUUCCUCUGUUAACAGAUUCUUCUGUAGAAUAUAUUAUUGAAAUCUUCAAAAACAUGGAUCAGAUGGAUGGUGGAAGCUUGAAUACUUGUACCUGA